AUGGCAUCAUCACCAACGUUCAUGGGGCUCCGGGGAAGUGCCCUGACUCUAGCACAGUUGAUCGUGGUUGUCUGUCCUGCCUUUAUUUUGUUUGGAUACAAUCAGUCCAACUUAGGUGGGCUUAUGUCGGUGUCAGACUUUGUUCAACAUUUCCCUAGGAUCGACACUAAGACGACGGAGGGAGACCAGAAGAGCUCAAACGCUACAAUUCAAGGAGUCGUCGUUGCGACUUUCACUCUCGGAGCUCUCAUCGGAUGCUUGUCGUGCUCCUACACGGCCGACAAGUUUGGCCGUCGUUUGGUCAUUCUUGCUGGUGCUAUACUUACGGUCGUUGGAGAAGUCUUGGAGGCAUCGGCUUUUCAGCUGGCCCAGCUGAUUGUUGGUCGAACGAUCCUGGGUGCCGGUGUGGGUAUGCUAAGUGGCACAGUACCAACCUGGCAGAGUGAAUGUUCCAGCUCGAAGAACCGCGGAAAGCAUGUCGUUCUGGAUGGACUCUUCAUCUCGCUCGGUUAUGUCCUACAAGCUUGGAUAAACCUGGGAUUCUACCAAAUCAAGACCGGUCCGGCGUCAUGGCGAGCUCCCAUCGCAAUUCCUAUCUUCUUUUCUCUUGUCCUCGGCAUUGCUAUCCUCUUCAUGCCCGAGUCUCCCCGAUGGCUCAUCCAACAAGGCCGCAUACACGAAGCACAAAAUACCCUCGCCGCGUUGAAAGACCUUCCCGAAAACGACCCCACGAUCCAUACAGAAGUGUCAACCAUGGAGAUCUCCUUGGAGCAGACCGGCAAGAAAGCAUCCUUGGGAGACCUGCUGAAAAUGGGAGAGGAUAGACUGCUUUACCGUUUUGGCCUUUGCAUCCUCUUGCAAUUCUACCAGCAAAUGUCCGGCGGAAACCUGAUCUCGGUAUACUCAACGGUUAUAUUCGAAGACGGGCUGGACAUGGGGUCUCAAACAUCUCGGAUUCUGUCGGGAGGAACGUUGACGUGGAAGUUUCUGUCCUGCUUUGUCGCCUUCUUCACCAUUGAUCGAUUCGGUCGCCGAUUUGUCUUGAUGGUUAGUGGUACUGGUAUGGCAACUUGCAUGAUGGGGCUGGCUAUUGCGACCUCCUUCCCGCAUUCCAACUAUGCGGCCUCGGUUGUCAGUGUGUUGUUUGUGUUUCUGUUCAACUUUUUCAUUCCUAUCGGAUUUCUUGGUGCGAACUUCUUGUAUUGCACCGAAGUCUCACCGACACGUCUGAGGGUUGCUAUGGCUAGUAUCUCGACUGCGAAUCAUUGGCUGUGGUGA